GUAAGCUUGUUCCAGAUCCAAUUUCUCCAUUUAUGGAUGAUUUUAUCCCCUUGCAACCAUUCAUAACUUGCCAUGAUGGAAUAAGCUUCUCUGUUAUUCAUAUCCCGAAAAAUAUUCAUCACCUUGAUCUUUUCCCUCCAGUAAUGGAAAGAAUUCAGACCCCCCUGGCGGAAAUCUUGUUUGUGAGCUUAUUUAUCAGAGCUUCACCGUCACCCAUUUUUAAUCUUGCAGUUGUAAAGGACAACCAAGAUAUGUGAAAGACCACAAUGAGCAAAAAGAAAAUGAAAAAAAACCGUAAGCCCGGUUUCAACUUAGACGGGGUGCAUCUGCGGCAACAGUUCACUGUGAGAGAGAUGAAGAAGCCCGGUGGAGCAGAGAAGAAGCGGGCCCGGCGAUCUGCCACCGGCGCCGGCGCCAACGGUUCGAAUUCCACCGCCGAUUCUCCUCCGAAGAAACAGGCUGCAAAGAAGGAUGUUUAUCAGGUAUUUGCUGAGAAAGUGAGAGAUCACAAGGACUUUACGUCUAGAUGGGCUGUCCUUCAGGAGACUAGAGUAGAGUAUUUCAGGGGAAAGGACCUUGUAAACUUUUUGAAGAAACAUCCAGAACUCAAAGAUAUACUUGAAUCAGAUAAAAGUAUGGAAACUGACGAUAUUGCAAAUGCUCUGCUUCGAAAGAAUUUACUAAUGCGUUGUGACCGCGUGGUAAAAACUCUACGACCAGGAAAGAAAAAACUGUCUACUUGGCCAGCACAUUUGGAGAUAUACCAUGAUCAAGUCUUUUCUGAAAAUGAUGCCUUUUUUGCAUGGACAUUUGCAAAACGAAGUGCCCUUUGGCAGACACUUCUCUCAUUUUCCUGGCCAGUAUUGACCCUAGCAAUCUGCUUAUUUCCCGUAUAUCCUCAUAAGUGCAAGCUAGUUAUACUCUACUCAUGUGCAAGUCUCCUCCUCCUCAUACUUUGCCUUCUUUUAGUGAGGGCAUUGACUUUUGGUGCUAUAUAUAUCCUUCUGGGAAAGCGAGUUUGGGUUUUCCCCAACAUACUUGCUGAAGAAGCAACUCUGGAAGAUUUAUUCCAAUUAUGGUCCAAGAAAGAUGAAGAGGAGCCACCUAAGUGGUCAGCAAGGCUAUUCUAUGCAAUUGUGUCUGUGCUUGCCAUAUUGCUUCUGAGACAUCAUGCUCCUGAUGAGGCUGCAAGAGCCAGGUAUCAAAGGCGGGUGUCCAACAUCAUCGAUGACGUGAUCGAGUGGUCCCCGAGUCUGGCUCUAUCUGGAAUCAUGGAAAAACAGCCAGUGUUUAACAAUGUCACUGAACAUAACAACCCCAACAAUACUGCGACCGAAGAAGGUGGCACAGCCCGAGUUGUUGCAGAGGACGAGGCUGUUAAGGAAGAAGAAGACGCCGAUGAGAUCGAGGAAGAAGUGGUUGUUGAAAAUGUACAAGAGAGUAAUCCAUCAUCAUCAUCAUCAUCAUCAUCAUCAUCUACUCUAUAAAUUUCAGUCUAAGUGUAUGUAACAAUAUACGAGUAAACAUAUA